ACAAGUGCGUAUUAAAAAGACCGUUCAAUUGAAAUUAGUGUUUUUGUAUUUAGUCGUAUUUAUAACUGUUGUAGGUAUUUGAUUAUCACCGACUACAAUUUAAUAUUUAGACACUGUGAAAACGAUUUUGACGAAAUGUCUGCAAUCUUAAAGUAUCCAAUUGCAACAACAAUUUUGUUUUGCAUGUUGACCAUUUUUGUUUUUACCCAAGAUAUUUCAUCGGGAAGCGAUUCAGUCUAUGAAUCCAAUGAAUUUAAUGCCGGACGAGGAAAUUAUUACGAUAAUGACUUUCAUCGUGAGGAAUACAAACUUUACCAAACAUCGAAACAUGUAUUUUACUGGCUUUACACAAGAGAUAACACCGACGGUCAACUUUUAAAUAGAAGUGAGCAACACAUGAUUGAGUCGACGACGUACAACGAAAAUAAUCCAAUUAAAGUUAUAAUUCACGGUUGGCUUGGCACUACUCAAGAAAAAGAUGGCGUUUGUUCGUAUAACGUAAAAUCGUAUUUUAAAGUGGGUGAGUACAAUGUGAUCUGUGUGGAUUGGAAACAAUAUUCGACUGACAUAACAUAUGCGGUCGCUAAAGCAAGGGUCAAAUACAUUGCUCGAGAUAUUGCCCAUGUGUUGACGAAGAUUACAUACAACAUGACGAUAGCUUAUGAUAAAGUGCAUGUGAUAGGACACAGUAUGGGAGCGCACAUUGCCGGAUUCGUUGGUAAAAAUUUACCCGCCCUUCCUCGGAUUACUGGAUUAGAUCCCGCAAAACCGAUGUACGAGAAAAGUAGUUCAGAAGAUAGACUAGACGAGACUGAUGCGAUAUUUGUUGAUGUAAUACAUACUAACGCUGGUCAAAACGGACUUGACAAAUCUAUUGGUGAUAUAGAUUUCUAUCCAAAUGGAGGAAAAAAGCAACCAAAUUGCGAAAAAUUGGAUAAAUCUGGUUCGUGCAGUCACGUUUCAUCCUAUCAUUACUACGCACACUCCAUUUGGGCCAAAGAAGAUUAUAUCGCAUAUAAGUGUCCCAGCUGGGAAGACUACGAAGCAAAAAUGUGUAUUAUCGCUAACAGAACUUACAUGGGCGAAUUCGUAGACAUGGAUGGGCAAAACGGCGAUUAUUACUUAAAAGCGGACGUUCAAGAUUAGUAGAACACAAAGCGAUGCACAAAUUGGUUUCUGAAUAAAAUUUUGAAUUUAUAAUAUUAUUAAAAUAAGCGUUAACUGUUAGUUUUAUACAUUUGAAUUGUAUAUUAAUGUUCUGUAGAGCUGUAUAAUAUUUACCACAUUGAUACCUUUUACAACAUGCAUAAAUAUAAGUUUUGAUCUUAUGAUUGA